AUGCUCUUUAAGCGGGCAGAGCUGUGGACGGCCCCUCAGGGCAAAGGCGGCAAAGGCGAGCCGCCCUUGGCCCUGGGCCUGUCCACCCGGAAGGCCCUCAGCAUUCUGAAGGAGCAGCUGGAGGCAGUGCUGGAUGGACACCUGAAGGAGCGGAAGAAAUGUCUCACGUGGAAGGAGAUGUGGAGGAACAGCUUCCUGUACCACGGGAACCGCUGCUCCUGUUUCCACUGGCCGGGCGCCUCGCUCAUGCUCCUGGCUGUGCUUCUGCUGCUGGCUUGCUGCGGGGGCCAGCCGGCUGGCAGCCGCGGCGUGGAGCUGGUGAACGCCUCGGCGCUCUUCCUCCUGCUGCUCCUCAACCUCGUCCUCAUUGGGCGGCAAGAUCGGCUGAAGCGUCGGGAGGUAGAGCGGAGACUGCGGGGUGUCAUUGACCAAAUCCAAGAUGCCCUCAGGGAUGGCAAGGAGGUCAAGUGGCCAGAUGCCAUGUACCCAGACCUGCACAUGCCCUUCACACCAUCCUGGUCUCUGCACUGGGCCUACAGAGAUGGACAUCUCGUCAACCUGCCGGUUAGCCUGCUGGUAGAAGGAGACAUCAUAGCUCUGAGGCCCGGCCAGGAAUCCUUUGCUUCCCUGCGGGGCAUCAAGGACGACGAGCACAUUGUCUUGGAGCCGGGAGAUCUGUUCCCCCCUUUCUCGCCACCCCCAUCCCCCCGGGGAGAAGUGAAGAAAGGGCCACAAAACCCCCAGCAGCACCGGCUCUUCCGUGUCCUCGAGACCCCCGUGAUCGACAACAUCAGGUGGUGCCUGGACAUGGCCCUGUCCCGCCCGGUGACCGCUCUGGACAACGAGAGGUUCUCGGUGCAGUCGGUGAUGCUGCGCUAUGCGGUGCCCCUGGUCCUGGCCAGCUUCCUCAUCACCAACGCCCUGCGCUUCAUGCUGAACGCCCCGGGUGUCACCAGCUGGCAGUACACCCUCCUCCAGCUGCAGGUGAAUGGUGUCCUGCCCAUCCUCCCCCUGCUCUUCCCGGUCCUCUGGGUCCUGGCAACCGCCUGUGGAGAAGCCCGCGUCCUGGCCCAGAUGAGCAAGGCCUCCCCCAGCUCCCUGCUCGCCAAGUUCUCGGAGGACACUCUCAGCAGCUAUACAGAAGCUGUGUCCUCUCAGGAGAUGCUGCGCUGCAUUUGGGGCCACUUCCUGCGGGUGAUCCAGGGGACGUCACCCACACUGAGCCACAGCUCCAGCCUGCUCCACAGCCUGGGCUCCGUGACGGUGCUGUGCUGUGUGGACAAACAGGGGAUCCUGUCGUGGCCCAACCCCAGCCCGGAGACUGUGCUGUUCUUCAGCGGGAAGGUGGAGCCCGCCCACGGCAGCCACGAGGACCUCACGGACGACCUGUCCACCCGCUCCUUCUGCCAUCCCGAGGUGGAGGAGGAGCCCCACGAACGCGACGCCCUCCUGGCCGGCUCCCUGAACGCUCCCCUGCACCUUUCCAACGAGCAGGAGCGUGGCAGCAACUGGCCAGGUGACGGUCCCAAGGCGCCUGAAACCCACCCUCACCACCGGGUACACGGCCGCAGCAAACACCUGUCUGGCUCCAGCGUGAGCUUCAGCAGGGACACGGAGGGCGGCGAAGAUGAUGACCCCGGCAAGACCCAGCACGGCCUGGAGGGCGAGCCCUACGAAGCUGAGGACUUCGUGUGUGACUACCACCUGGAGAUGCUCAGCCUGUCCCAGGACCAGCAGAACCCCUCCUGCAUCCAGUUCGACGACUCCAACUGGCAGCUGCACCUCACUUCGCUCAAGCCGCUGGGCCUCAACGUGCUGCUGAACCUGUGCGACGCCAGCGUCACCGAGCGGCUCUGCCGGUUCUCAGACCACCUGUGCAACGUCGCCCUGCAGGAGAGCCGCAGCACCGUGCUGCCCGUGCGCGUGCCCUGGGGCCUCUGCGAGCUCGCCCGCCUCAUCGGCUUCACUCCCGGGGCCAAGGAGCUCUUUAAGCAGGGGAACCACCUCGCACUCUACCGUCUCCCCAGCGCCGAGACUAUGAAGGAGACCUCACUGGGGAGGCUGUCCUGUGUCACCAAGCGGCGGCCCCCGCUCAGCCACAUGAUCAGCCUCUUCAUCAAGGACACCACCACCAGCACAGAGCAGAUGCUGUCCCAUGGCACGGCUGAUGUGGUUUUAGAAGCCUGCACAGACUUCUGGGACGGAGCUGACAUCUAUCCUCUUUCGGGUUCCGACAGAAAGAAAGUGCUGGAUUUCUACCAGCGAGCCUGCCUGUCUGGUUACUGCUCUGCCUUCGCCUACAAGCCCAUGAGUUGUGCCCUGUCCUCCCAGCUCAAUGGCAAGUGCAUCGAGCUGGUGCAGGCGCCUGGCCAGAACAGCAUCUUCACCAUGUGCGAGCUGCCCAGCACCAUUCCCAUCAAGCUGAGCGCCCGCCGCGGCAGCUGGAGCUCAGACGAAGGGAUCGGGGAGGUGCUGGAGAAGGAAGACUGCAUGCAGGCCCUGAGCGGCCAGAUCUUCAUGGGCAUGGUGUCCUCCCAGUACCAGGCCCGUCUGGACAUCGUGCGCCUCAUCGACGGGCUGGUCAACGCCUGCAUCCGCUUUGUCUACUUCUCAUUGGAGGAUGAGCUCAGAAGCAAGGUGUUUGCGGAGAAGAUGGGCCUGGAGACGGGCUGGAAUUGCCACAUCUCCCUCACGCCCAACGGUGAUAUACCCGGCUCCGAGAUCCCCCCCUCCAGCCCUAGCCACGCUGGCUCCCUGCACGACGACCUGAACCAGGCGUCCCGAGAGGACGUGGAAGGACUCCUUCUAAUGGAGGAGGAGGGUCACUCGGACCUCAUUAGCUUCCAGCCCACGGACAGCGACCUCCCCAGCUUCCUGGAGGACUGCAACCGGGCCAAGCUCCCCCGGGGCAUCCACCAGGUGCGGCCCCACCUGCAGAACAUUGAUAACGUGCCCCUGCUGGUGCCCCUCUUCACCGACUGUACCCCCGAGACCAUGUGUGAGAUGAUCAAGAUCAUGCAGGAGUACGGGGAAGUGACCUGCUGCCUGGGCAGCUCCGCCAACCUGCGGAACAGCUGCCUCUUCCUCCAGAGCGAUGUCAGCAUUGCCCUGGACCCCCUGUACCCGUCCCGCUGCUCCUGGGAGACCUUCGGCUACGCCACCAGCACCAGCAUGGCCCAGGCCUCGGAUGGCCUUUCCCCCCUGCAGCUCUCGGGGCAGCUCAACAGCCUGCCCUGCUCGCUGACCUUCCGCCAGGAGGAGACCAUCAGCAUCAUCCGGCUCAUCGAGCAGGCCCGGCAUGCCACCUACGGCGUCCGCAAGUGCUUCCUCUUCCUGCUGCAGUGCCAGCUGACACUUGUGGUCAUCCAGUUCCUCUCUUGCCUCGUCCAGCUGCCGCCAAUCCUGAGCACCACCGACAUCCUGUGGCUGUCCUGUUUUUGCUACCCUCUGCUCAGCAUCUCUCUGCUGGGGAAGCCUCCACAUAGCUCCAUCAUGUCUAUGGCAACGGGGAAGAACCUUCAGUCCAUUCCUAAGAAGACCCAGCACUACUUUCUACUCUGCUUCUUGCUGAAGUUCAGCCUCACCAUCAGCUCGUGCCUCACCUGCUUUGCCUUCACACUGCAGAACUUCUGCGACAGGUCCCGGGCCCGAAACCUCACUGACUGCUCCUCCAUCAUGUUGCCCAGCCACGCCGACACGGCCCCAGCCUGGUUUGACGACUUCGCCAACGGGCUGCUCUCGGCUCAGAAGCUCGCUGCCGCCCUGAUCGUCCUACACACCGUCUUCAUCUCCAUCACCCACGUACACCGCACCAAGCCCCUGUGGAGGAAGAGCCCCCUGACGAACCUGUGGUGGGCCGUGACCGUGCCCGUGGUGCUGCUGGGGCAGGUGGCCCAGACGGCAGUGGACCUGCAGCUGUGGACACACAGGGACAGCCGCGUCCACUUCGGCCUGGAGGACGUGCCUCUGCUGACGUGGCUCCUGGGCUGCCUGUCCCUGGUCCUCGUGGUGGUCACCAACGAGGUCGUGAAGCUGCAUGAGAUCCGGGUCCGCGUCCGCUACCAGAAGCGACAGAAGCUGCAGUUUGAAACUAAGCUGGGCAUGAACUCCCCCUUCUGA